AUGCCUCACAAAUUUGAGGAGGAGGAGGCUACCGCGUGUGACGCACUGCGAGAGGGCGGUGCUUCGCGCGACUCCCCUCUUAGUUGCUGUGGGUUUUGUCUGUCAGAGGUUCCGAGGCGCUCAGUCAGGACCGAGGUGCCGGGUCCCAAAGGGGCGGGAGUCGUUCUCCGCGCCGCACAGACGCGGCUGCCCCCGUCCUGCCAGGGCAGGGUGACCUUUGAGGACGUGGCCAUCGCCUUCUCCCAGGAGGAGUGGGAGCUCCUUGACGAGGCUCAGAGGCGCCUGUACCACGAUGUGAUGCUGGAGACCUUGGUCCUGAUGGCCUCCCUGGGUAAGGCUUUCACACUCCCCCCGUGCCCUGAGCUAGGCCGCAUGGACAGAGGGAAAGGACGAAAGGACUGCAGAUUCUGUGUGUCCGGGCAGCCCGAUUCCUGUGAGGCGGUUGUGAGGGACUUCCUGGCGAUUCCUCCAUUCCUCCAGCAUCAGGCCGCACACACCAGGGAGAAGUCAAACCGGGGAACUGAGUGCGGAGCAGCCUCUCAUAAGGAAAGAACUCUGUCUGACCCAGAAUACACUAAAGAUUUUAAUUGCAAACACAAGCUUGUUCAGCACCAGAGAGUCCUCACCCAAGAAACAUGCCACGUGAGCAAUGAAUGUGGAAAAUCUUACAGCAAAAGCUAUAGUCUGAAUGACCAUUGGAGAGUUCACACUGGGGAAAAGCCUUAUGAGUGUGGGGAAUGUGGGAAGUCCUUUAGGCAAAGCUCUAGCCUCAUUCAACACCAGAGAGUUCACGCCAGAGCAGAGCCUCACAAGUGUGAGUUAUGUGGAAAAUUAUUUAGCAACAAGUCCAACCUCAUUAAACAUCGAAGAGUUCACACUGGAGAAAGGCCUUAUGAGUGUGGGGAAUGUGGGAAGUCCUUUAGGCAAAGCUCUAGCCUCAUUCAACACCGGAGAGUUCACACUGGAGCGCGGCCUCACAGGUGUGAGUUAUGUGGAAAAUUAUUUAGCAACAAGUCCAACCUCAUUAAACAUCGAAGAAUCCACACUGGAGAAAGGCCUUAUGAGUGCAGUGAAUGUGGGAAGUCCUUUAGCGAAAGCUCUGCACUCCUUCAACACCGGAGUGUUCACACAGGGGAGAGGCCUUAUGAGUGCAGUGAAUGUGGGAAGUUCUUUACCUACCACUCCAGUCUCAUAAAACACCAGAGGGUUCACUCUGGGUCCAGGCCCUAUGCCUGCAGUGAAUGUGGAAAGUCCUUUACUCAAAAGUCCAGCCUCAUUGAACACCGCAGAGUCCAUAGUGGGGAAAGGCCAUAUAAGUGCAGCGAAUGCGAGAAAUCUUUCAGCCAAAGCUCUGCACUUCUUCAGCAUCGGAGAGUUCACACUGGAGAAAGGCCUUAUGAGUGCAGUGAAUGUGGGAAAUUCUUUACUUACAGCUCCAGUCUCUUAAAACACCAGAGAGUUCACUCUGGUUCAAGGCCUUAUGAGUGUAGUGAGUGUGGAAAGUCCUUUACUCAAAAUUCUAGUCUCAUCAAACACAGGAGAAUUCACACGGGAGAAAGGCCUUAUGAGUGUAGCCAAUGUGGAAAAUCUUUUAGCCAUAGCUCAAGCCUCAUUAAACACCGAAGAGUUCACACUGGAUAACAGACUUGUGAGUAUUAGAAUGUGGGAAACUUAUUUUUUAAAAAAAUAUAUUUUUCAUUACAGAGAGGAAGAGAGAGGGAGAGGGAGAGAGA